AAACAAGCAGCCGCUGUGUUGAGUGUGGAGGGCGCAGGGAGCAGGACGCUACACAGGCGCCACCUCCUCUGAACGCAACAGACUGCGUACCGUAGACGGGAAGCUCCCAGAACUAGUAACCUGAAGACGGGCGGCUCUGCGCAGAUCUGCGGUACACGGCAACCAGAAUGACUCAGAAGUUGAUGAUCAUUGACACUGACUGUGGCAUUGAUGAUGCCCAGGCUAUAAUGCUGGCUCUGGCUACACCCAAUGUGAGGCUCCUGGGCAUCACCUGCUGCUUUGGGAACACAGAUGUUGAUAACGUCUGUCAAAACGUGCUCCGUGUCCUGUCAGUCUGUCAGCGGACUCAGAUUCCGGUCUUCAGGGGGUCUGCUGGCCCUUUGGUUGGAGCUCUGAAACCAUUUGAAGAUCAUUUCGGGACUGAUGGGUUGGGAGAUGUGCUGGAGGACAGAGACUCAGAUAUUUGGAAAAAGCAAACACAGAAAGAGCAUGCGGUUAAUGCUCUAAUCCAACUGGUGAAUGAACACCAAGGGCAGGUCUCCCUCGUGGCUCUGGGUCCGCUCACUAAUUUAGCUCUGGCUGUUAGGCUGGAUCCCAGCAUCCCUCAAAAGCUUAAGGACUUGCACAUCAUGGGUGGCAAUAUGGAAGGCAAGGGAAAUGUGACGCCAUGUGCAGAGUUCAAUUUCAUCAUGGAUCCUGAGUCUGCUUACAUAGUCUUGGAGGAAUACCUGUGCCCUACACACAUAGCAACCUGGGAGUUCACCUGUAGAAACAAGCUCUCUUGGGAGUUCUUUGACAACUUGGUCAACCAGGACACUGCAGCUGCUCGGUUUAUGAAAGUGAUCACCUCUAACUGCUGGGCCUUCUCCAGGGAGCCUGGGAUCGGGAUGAAAGAUGCAUUUUUUGGGCCAGGCUUUGUACCCUAUGACGCAUAUGCUGUGGCAGCAUGUGUGGACAGUACCGUGGUGACGGAAAGGAUAGACUACGCCGUUCGUGUGGAGCUCCAAGGAGAACUGGGCCGAGGGUUCAUGGCACUGGACCCCAGCAACAAGCUGAACAAGAGCCACCGUGUGUCUGUGAUGAAGAGCUGUGAUCUCAGCAAGUUUAGCUCCAUGCUUAUGGCUUCUUUACAGCUACCAUGAGGAGCUACAGCAGGAUUUAAGUGGGUGUGAGGCAGGUGUGGCCUUUAAAAGGUCUUUAAAAGGUCCUUUGGUUAGCCACCUUGCAUUCAAACACUACUGCACAUAUUCAGUGAUCUACUAAAUGAUAUCUUUAUCAAAAUUCAUCAUUACAUAUUUACCUCAAAUGUCUUGACAUGCUGACAGUGGCCUACCAGUCAGUGCCAAGCCCACUCGCACAAAUCCACUUUCAUCCACUCAUUUAUCUGCAAAUGAUGCAUUUCAUAAAGCUCCCAUAAGUUGAGGUCAAAAGGCUUAUCUAAACACGAUAUAUUUGAGGCAUCAUGCACUAUGACAACACAUAUUAUGCCAUGUCAAAACACUUCUAUGAUAGGCAUAGGCUAGAAACCCAUGCUUCGGCACCAGAUCAAUCUUUUGGACUCUGUGUACAUGCUGUCAAUUUUAAAUAUCCUACAAUAAAGUAUUUGUUCUGUUCACCCAAAUGCUCAA